GUUUUCUUUUGUCCAACUUUCUUUUUCGCUCUUUCGUAUUUGUUACUCUUCUCUCUCUUUUUUACUUUAUUUUUUACCGUCUAAUAUAUAUCAAGUCGAAAUGUCUAUCGACUCUCCAGCCUUUGACUUGCAGGACUAUUCUUACGUGAUCGGCAUUGAUUUUGGAACCACCUUCUCAGGGUGCUGCUACGCCUUUACCAAGGACGGCGGUGACGAAAUUGUGGACAUCACGAGAUGGCCUAAGCAGAUGAACGUAUAUCCCAAAACACCUACACUAUCACUAUAUAGAAACGGAUCGACCAAAUUGAUGGCGUGGGGUCAAGAAGCACGUAAACUGUCGUUUAAACGCAAUAAUAAUGACCAUUUAUUAUCGCGAUUUAAGCUUCACUUGGAUGAAAACUUGGAGUUGGAACCGCUACCCAACGGCUUAACAGCGCUUGAGGCCAUCACCGACUAUUUGGAAGCCUUUCACGCCCAUGUUACGGGAGAACUGCAGCGCGGUUUCGCAUCCAAUUAUGAUCAGUCCAAGUUCCGCUACUGUCUUACCGUACCUGCCAUGUGGAGCGACCAAGCUAAAGCCACUAUGCGUGAAGCGGCGAUCCGUGCUGGUAUCAUUAAUCGCUGGGAUCACCUUGACCGUCUCAUGUUGAUCAGCGAACCCGAAGCAGCCGCUUUGUAUUGCGAAAAAAAGAGUGAGCAGUUUAACCUCGGUCACGGCCAACGAUUUAUGAUUUGUGACGCGGGCGGCGGUACUGUGGAUUUAAUUGUAUUCGAAAUUGACGAUUCCGGUAACCGAAGAUCGCUCAAGGAGGUGACUAAAGGUCAAGGUGAUUCCUGUGGUUCCACCUUUUUGGACGUACGUAUGCGGGAAUACUUGAAAGGCCGAUUUUACCAUCAUGGCAAGAUCAGCGAUACAGCCAUGGAGACCAUGAUGGAGACAUUUGUAGAAGCUAUCAAGCCCCAAUUUGACGGAGAGGAAGAGCAGUUCCUCCCUCUUCCUGCCUCAUUAGGCUUAGGAGACGUCGAUGAUCCAGAUGCGGGGAUUGAAGAUGGGCAUUUGCACCUGCCCGCUCAAGAACUCCGAGAACAUGUUUUCGAACCUGUGAUUCGCCAAGUUUUGAAACUCAUUGACGAUCAACUUCAGCAAUCGCAUAUCAUGCUGGAUGCCAUUUUCUUGGUCGGUGGUUUUGGACAGUCUGUUUAUCUGUACCGCCGCGUGCGCGAAAUUUUCCAGCACCGUGUGGGAUUUAUAGGGGUUCCGCCUCGUGGUGAACUGGCGGUUGUAAGGGGGGCAGUUUACUUUGGAUUGAACCCUCGUAUGGUCACGGAACGUGUCUCGCGACGGACCUAUGGUGUGGAAACUCGUAUGGUGUUUGAUCCUCGUCUUGAUCCAUCGGAGCAGUGCAUCAAAGGGGAUGAUGGUCGCUUGUUCUGCAAGCAGCGUUUCAGUGUCUAUGUGCAGAAAGGUCAGGCUAUUAAAGUGGACGAUGUCGUUUCCAAGAACUUUAUGAUUGCGUACCCCAAUGACACAGACACAGAUUUAUUCGCUUAUGAUGGUGAAGGUCCAGUACCGCGAUUAACAACCCAUCCAAGCGUGUUCAAGGUCGCUCGAUUCCCUAUUAAGAUGCCGAAAUUCCAUGGUGUACAGAAAGGCGAGCCUAUCUUCAUGACCAUCAAAAUGUUCUUUGGCCAGACAGAAAUCAAAAUUGAGGCGCAUAUCCGGGAUCGCGUGUUCACAUUCACUUCCGCUUUUGAGACGUUGGAGCAGGGCAUUCACACCAUGAACAGCCAAAUGAGCGCCUUGAACAUGAAGCCGGAUGAUAUGGAUGCUCCUACAAUAAGCAGCGGUUUUGGAGGUGUAGGCAAUGGCUACGGAUAUGGCGGAUCGGCUUCCAACCUGUCGAGUCCAUACUCUGGUUCAAGACCUCCGUCGCUUCCAUCACAUCAUCAGGAAUAUGGAUACCCAUCCCCGGCCAAGUCGUAUCCACGCAGUAUGCGUGACGACGAUGAUACCUUUUAUGAUGGCGACUCUAAACACUCCACUGGAUUGAGCGGUACCACGAAGAAGCUCUUUACCUUCAAAUUCGGAAAGAAGAAAUAAGCGCUUUUUUUUCGCAUCUUUUGUUUUCUCCUUGUCCUGUUUUCGACCUUUCUUUAAUCCAUAAUUCUUUCCUUAUUGUUUUUACACCUCGCUAUCACAACAUAACUAGUCUUCAUUUCUGUUGUAUUCACUUUGUAAUGUUUAUAUUCAAUGCCACCUAGUCUACAUGAAGUAUUUUUCCCUCCUUUUGUCUAAUUCAUGACAUGAAAACAGAUAGAAGUAAUCAUUUGCGUUUCCCGAUUGUCUUAUUCCAUGAAUGACACAU